UGGGGCCCCCGGGCAAUAGGGGAUCAUGGGGCCCCUGUGUCCUUGCCCAAACUCAAAAGAGCCUAUGAAAAAGGUACCAGGGGCAUCUCAUGUGGCCCCCUACUGACCCCGGGCCCUCGGGCAAUGCCCGAGUUUCUAAAUGGUCAGUCUGCCCCUGAAUGUAAGGUUAUAAAUAAGGACAGACACCCUCCAGGGGCGGACUGACAAUUCAUGGGGCCCCCGGGCAAUAGAGGAUCAUGGGGCCCCUGUGUCCUUACCCACACUCAAAGCAUACCCAAAAAAUCCUAUAAAAAGGUACCAGCGGCAUGUGUUCGAAUGGUCAGUCUGCCCCUGCCUCUAACACUGACUGCUAUUCCCUAU